CGAAACCUCUGCGGUCCAUGCUGAGCACAGGCCGGAUAUUUAUGAGGCAGACCUGAACGACUUUACAAGACUUGUUUUUCGCCCGCUGCUGGAGCAGCUUGUGGUUGCGCGCAGAGAGGAUGCUUUUGUCUCUUCAGCUCACACCUGGAACAAGGAAACAGUGAGGGCUUGUUGUUUUUGUGAGCUUUUGUUUUUAAUCCUUGCUUUUGUUCACAUCAGAGGCAAAGUGAGGGACUAGAUUAUUUCCUUUGAUCACUUUUAAGGAAUGUCAUUGGAAUAUGCGCUUUUGGAUCGAUCACCGGACUUGGUGUGCGUUUAGACUGUAACCUGUAGCACCACCUGUGAGACGGACAGGCACCAGUACAAGUCAUAAUUGUCAAUUGUGCUCAGACCUUAAGAAGCCAUACAGAGGAGAGGACACUGACUUUUAGCACGGCUUCCAGCAGCCUGCACUUAUUUUUGCGCUUCCGUUUUUCAGUUGUCUUUUCAAACCUUCAUUGUCACAGGUUGCUGACACCGCAAUACCAGACAACUUUCCUCUGUCAGAUUAGUGCAGCACGUUUCAGUGAACGUGGUUUUACGCACAAAGGACACAUUAGAGGACAAGGUGAGACAAGCACACCGCAUCAGGUGCUGUGAGGUGGAAAAGAAGAUUUUUUUUAAAAAAAGUCCUGCUAUCAAAAUGACGGACGGUCCGAGACAACGGAGCAGCACAGCGGGCUCUGCCAAGGAUGCUGCCGCUAAGGAGUCCGAUGGAGGAGUUGCGCUCAAGAAGGAGAUCGGGCUUGUGAGCGCCUGUGGUAUUAUUAUUGGUAACAUUAUCGGCUCAGGUAUCUUCGUCAGUCCCAAGGGAGUGAUGGAGAACGCCAGCUCGGUGGGUUUGGCCCUGAUCGUCUGGAUCAUCACUGGCAUCAUCACCGCCAUCGGGGCGCUGUGCUACGCCGAGCUGGGCGUCACCAUCCCCAAGUCGGGAGGAGACUACUCUUAUGUCAAGGACAUCUUUGGAGGGCUGGCUGGGUUCCUGCGUCUGUGGAUCGCCGUGCUGGUCAUCUACCCGACCAACCAGGCUGUGAUCGCACUGACGUUCUCCAACUACAUCCUGCAGCCUCUGUUCCCCACCUGCUUCCCCCCAGAGAACGGCCUGCGCCUGCUGGCUGCCGUCUGCCUCUUGCUGCUGACAUGGGUGAACUGCUCCAGCGUGAGAUGGGCCACCCGGGUGCAGGACAUCUUCACCGCCGGCAAACUGCUGGCCCUCGCCCUCAUCAUCGUCAUGGGCAUUGUGCAGAUCUGCAAGGGAGAGUACUACUGGUUGGAACCAGCCAAUGCCUUUGAGCCCUUCCAGGACUAUGAUGUGGGUUUGAUAGCCUUAGCCUUUCUACAAGGCUCCUUCGCCUAUGGAGGGUGGAACUUCCUCAACUACGUCACAGAGGAGCUGGUGGACCCCUAUGUGAACCUUCCUCGUGCCAUCUUCAUCUCCAUCCCCUUGGUGACCUUCGUCUACGUCUUUGCCAAUAUUGCCUAUGUCACGGCCAUGAGUCCCCAGGAGCUGCUCGCCUCAAACGCUGUUGCUGUGACGUUUGGUGAGAAGCUGCUGGGAGUUAUGGCGUGGAUCAUGCCUAUUUCUGUGGCCCUGUCCACUUUUGGGGGAGUCAACGGUUCCCUCUUUACCUCUUCAAGAUUGUUCUUUGCUGGAGCCAGAGAGGGCCACCUCCCCAGCCUGCUGGCCAUGAUUCAUGUAAAACGCCGCACUCCCAUCCCUGCUCUGCUCUUCACUUGCCUGUCCACUCUGCUUAUGCUGUGCACCAGUGACAUGUACACUCUCAUCAACUACGUGGGCUUCAUUAACUACCUCUUCUAUGGAGUCACUGUCGCUGGGCAGAUUGUCUUGCGCAUCAAACAGCCCAACAUGCACCGGCCAAUCAAGGUCAGCCUGAUAUGGCCGGUCAUUUACCUCAUCUUCUGGGCCUUCUUGCUCAUCUUCUCCCUUUACUCCGAGCCUGUGGUGUGUGGCAUCGGCCUGGCCAUCAUGCUGACCGGCGUUCCCGUCUAUUUCCUGGGAGUCUACUGGGACAACAAGCCACAGUGCUUUGAUGCCUUUGUUGACAAGAUGACAUACCUGGGCCAGAAGUUUUGUGUGGUGGUGUAUCCAGCCGAGGGUGAUAGCAGCAGCAGCGGGAGCGGAGAGGAAGGAGAGGAAAUGAAAGAGGCCAGGUCUCCUCUCUCUAAGGAGGACGGAGACAACCACAAGUCGGCGGACUGCUAAAGUGCACGUCUUUAUCACCCACCUCCCCCAAAAACAGGCAAAAGCAGACGCACAUGUGGGCGCACUCAUACACAAAGACACAUGCAAACAUACAUCACAGUUGGUAGCGGACUAACUGAUCAACACUUGUGCCCCCACAUCUUGUCUUCAACAUAUAUAUAUAUAUAUAUUUUGGUUUUCAGCAUUGUAUCAAUCAAUAAUUUUUGUGCCAAAAAUAGUAUGAGAUGUUUAGAGAAACAUGACCUCAAACUUUUCUAUCUGGGGUCCUUCAACAGUGCAAUAAAGAAAGGUUAGUACCUUCCAACUCCUCAUUAUGUGUUUAAACAUGCACAUUUAAUCAUUUACUACUCUUUAUCAUCAUCAGCAGCAUCAUCAUCCUCACCCUGCUUCUGACCCUCUCUGUCCCCUCCACACACUCUCUGCACACUCCUACUGUAAAAGCAACAUUUUGUUUUUUUUUUAGUAUUUUUUAUUAUUAUCAAAAGACUCUUCCUGUACUGUGAUGGCGACACAAACACUUUUUGUUUAUUUGCUUUUGUUUUUUGGUUGAUUUUUUGGGUUCUUUUUUGCCACAUUGUAAAUUUUGCUUUGUCAUACAUUCAACACACCAAAGCUGUACUUUGUCAAAGCAGAAAAUCAGAUUCAGAUCAAGUCAUUUCAUGUUGUGACGUACACUAAGUACUGUUGUUUUGUUUUUAAAGGUGACUGUGAUUCCAAAAUGUUUAUCUGGUUUUUUUUUUUUUUUUUGUAAUUGUGAUAAUUGUUUAUAUCAUUUUCUUUCUUCGUUAUUUUAGUUUUAAUAUGUUAAUUUUAGUUUUGUUGAUAUUUUUUUCUAUUCAGCAUCAUAUUCAUCUUGGGCCUAUUUUUUACUCUUGAAACUGCAAAGGUGAACACCUGAGAACUGAAGUGUGAUCUGUACUUUGUAUUUGUAAAUGUGCUGGUUAAUGAUGCACAGUUCUUAUUAACUGCCUUAAUUAGGAUAUGUUCUGUACUUGGGUGCCAUUAUAGCUGUGUUUUGACUGAGGUGGAGAGAUAGUUAAUCCUCAUACUUAGGGGACAAAGAAAUUGUCCGUUUUUAAACAGAGCUGAGAGUUUUGAGUUCUUGUGUGGACACUACACAAAUAGGUAUCCCGUUAAAACUGCGGGUGUAGCAGAUGACAUAGACAACUAGAAAGAAUACAUAGGAAAGACAUGAUAGUUUUCACCACCACGUUUGCAUCGUUAAUGUGCAAAUCCCUACACCGACACGUGAAUGCCCGUAUGAAAACAGUUUAACAGAGGCAUUGACUGUCUUUCAUGUUUUACGGCAAAAGUAUUUUUGUAGCUUAACAUCUAGCUGUGUUUAGAUUUUUUUGUGCUUUAUUUAGAUUGUAGGAAAGAGAGCUUUACUUUAAAAAACAUAUUUGAUGCAUACAGUUCACUAGAAAUUAUUUUAUAGUGCAAUAUUAGUACAGGCACCAGCAAAAACUGAACAUACACCCCUGUAUGAAUCCAUUCUGUGCUGUGUGGUUAUAGUUAUGCAUCUAUACUUAUGCUGUAUGUUAUAAUAACAACACCUCCAUACAUAAACACACACUAUAUACUUUAAUGUCUUCUGUCUUUCUAUAAACUGUUAGUGUCUCAGGGCAUCCCCGCUGCCUUCUCCUUACAUACACUGCCUAAAACCUCCAGACCACGAAAACUCUACAGAUUUGACUCAUUGCUUCUUUUAAAUCCAGUCUGUUAGUGGUAAAUGUCUCUACUGGUGCUUUUAGGUAUUUAUUUCCUCAGGAGUCUCAAUCUCACACCCAAUCCCCAAAAAAUCUUACAGAGGAUGUCAGGUGUAAUUUUAACUAUCAAAGUACCAUUAAAAUUGGGCCAGUACUGUAAAGGUUGCUCUUAUUAUGCUCUAAGGGGAACAGGGUGUCUUGGAUGUCUUUACAAGUACAAUGAUUGUGUGUUGUGCCUGUAUGGUUGUUGUGUAUUUACAGUAUGCACAGAUGUCAUGAAAGUCUGUAUAUUGUCUCUUCGUAAAUAAAAACCACUGACUAAUGUUU